UUGGGGAGAGGUGGCGUCACUGCAGUUCUGAGCCUUCGCCCACCAAAUGGACUGGCCCGUCAGUCUAUUUCGGCUCCACCCUACGCUUACAUCCGGGCGACUGCCACGGCGCAGAUAAGUCUGUCUGGGUGGCAGCAAAAGGUGAGGUGCGGAGGCUGUGACCUUAGCCUCGUAAAAGUUAAAACCUGUAUGUCUCAAUGAUAAAAACGCAGACUGCACUAAAAACUCCACCGGCUUGCUCGAACGCCUGGAAGCUGUGGCUCCACCCUUCCAGUAACCCCGCUCCGCCUCUUAGCCCUCAUUGGUCAUAACCGCCGCCCGGCAGACUUGAGAUUGGCUAGAGCUGCGGUUCGCCGCGUCCAAUGGGCGGCAGCGCCGGCUUUCCCGCGGCUGUUCGCUAUUUGAGUUGGGUAGUGGCGGCGGUUGAAGAGUGUAACGGCUGGCCGGCUCCAGCGCGACGAUGGCGGCCUUAGGGCCCGGAGGCUUUGCGCGGACCGAUGCGAUUGAGAAGCUGCCAUCUGUCAUGGCGGGAGUUCCAGCGCGGAGAGGCCAGUCCUCCCCGCCCCCCGCCCCACCACUCUGCCUCCGGCGGCGGCCGCGACCCCCUACGGCGCCAGAGGACACAAUGCACAACAGGGUGUCACUCGAGAAGGUGCUUGGCAUCACAGCCCAGAACAGCAGUGGCCUAACCUGUGACCCUAGCACAGGCCAUGUGGCCUACCUAGCAGGCUGUGUGGUGGUGAUUUUGAACCCCAAGGAGAACAAGCAGCAGCACAUCAUCAACACCGCCAGGAAGUCUCUGAGUGCUCUGGCCUUCUCCCCUGAUGGGAAGUACAUAGUGACCGGGGAGAAUGGGCACAGGCCUGCCGUGCGCAUCUGGGACGUGGAGGAGAAAACUCAGGUGGCAGAGAUGCUGGGCCACAAGUAUGGUGUGGCCUGCGUGGCCUUCUCACCCAAUAUGAAGCACAUCGUGUCCAUGGGCUACCAGCAUGACAUGGUACUCAACGUCUGGGACUGGAAGAAAGACAUCGUGGUGGCCUCCAACAAGGUAUCAUGCAGAGUCAUCGCCCUCUCCUUUUCAGAGGACAGCAGCUAUUUUGUCACUGUCGGGAGCCGGAAUGUGAGGUUCUGGUUCCUAGAAGUCUCCACUGAAACAAAGGUGACAGGCACGGUGCCCCUUGUAGGACGUUCAGGCAUCUUGGGUGAGCUGCACAACAACAUCUUCUGUGGUGUGGCCUGUGGCCGGGGCCGGAUGGCAGGCAAUACCUUCUGUGUGUGCUACUCGGGCCUCCUCUGCCAGUUCAACGAGAAGAGGGUGUUGGAGAAGUGGAUCAACCUGAAGGUCUCCCUGUCUUCCUGCCUCUGUGUCAGCGAGGAACUCAUCUUCUGUGGCUGCACGGAUGGGAUAGUCCGCAUCUUCCAGGCCCACAGCCUGCACUACCUCGCCAACCUGCCCAAGCCUCACUACCUGGGGGUAGAUGUGGCACAGGGCUUAGAGCCCAGCUUCCUCUUCCGCAGGAAGGCAGAAGCCGUUUACCCAGAUACAGUGGCACUGACCUUCGACCCCAUCCACCAGUGGCUGUCCUGCGUGUAUAAGGACCACAGCAUCUACAUCUGGGACGUCAAAGACAUCAACAAAGUGAGCAAGAUGUGGUCGGAGCUCUUCCACAGCUCCUACGUCUGGAACGUGGAGGUGUAUCCUGAGUUUGAAGACCAGAAAGCUUGUCUGCCUUCGGGAUCCUUUCUGACUUGUUCCUCAGACAACACCAUUCGCUUCUGGAACAUGGAUAGCACCCCCGAUUGUCACUGGCAGAAAAACAUCUUCAGCAAUACCCUGCUGAAGGUAGUGUAUGUGGAAAAUGACAUCCAGCAUCUGCAGGACAUGUCACACUUCCCAGACCGGGGGAACAAGAAUGGGACGCCCGUCGAUGUGAAAGCUGGGGUUCGAGUCAUGCAGGUCAGUCCUGAUGGCCAGCAUUUGGCUUCAGGUGACCGAAGUGGAAAUCUAAGGAUCCACGAACUGCACUUCAUGGAUGAGCUGGUCAAGGUGGAGGCCCAUGAUGCCGAGGUGCUGUGCCUCGAAUACUCCAAGCCUGAGACAGGGCUGACCUUGCUGGCCUCGGCCAGUCGGGACCGGCUGAUCCACGUGCUGAAUGUAGAGAAGAACUACAACCUGGAGCAGACCCUGGACGACCACUCCUCCUCCAUCACAGCCAUUAAGUUUGCUGGCAACAGAGACAUCCAGAUGAUCAGCUGUGGGGCCGACAAGAGCAUCUACUUCCGCAGUGCCCAGCGGGCCUCAGAUGGACUACACUUUGUCCGUACCCACCAUGUGGCAGAGAAAACCACCUUGUAUGACAUGGACAUUGACAUCACCCAGAAGUACGUGGCCGUGGCCUGCCAGGACCGUAAUGUGAGGAUAUACAACACCGUGAGUGGAAAGCAGAAGAAGUGCUACAGGGGCUCCCAGGGAGAUGAAGGCUCCCUGCUGAAGGUCCAGGUGGACCCCUCCGGCACCUUUCUGGCCACAAGCUGCUCUGACAAAAGCAUCUCAGUCAUUGACUUUUACUCGGGCGAGUGCAUUGCCAAGAUGUUUGGCCAUUCAGAAAUCAUCACCGGCAUGAAGUUCACCUAUGACUGUCGUCACUUGAUCACAGUAUCUGGAGACAGCUGCGUCUUCAUCUGGCACCUGGGCCCCGAGAUCACCAGCUGCAUGAAGCAGCACUUGCUGGAGAUCGACCACCGGGACCAGCAGCAGCAGCAGCCCACCAAGGGCAGGAAGUGGAGCAACCACCCCAGACAGGAGACGUAUGUAUCUGUUCCCAGAGAGAUUCGCUCCCUAAGCCCUGGGGAGCAGACAGAGGAUGAGCUGGAGGAAGAAUGUGAACCGGAAGAGUUGCUGAAGACCCCAUCCAAAGAGAACCUGGAUCCAGAUCCUCGGUGCCUGCUGACCAAUGGCAAGCUGCCACUGUGGGCAAAGCGGCUGCUAGGAGAUGAAGACGUGGCAGAUGGAUCAGCCUUCCAUGCCAAGCGCAGCUAUCAGCCACAUGGCCGCUGGGCAGAGCGGGCUGACCAGGAGCCCCUCAAGACCAUCCUGGAUGCCCGGGACCUGGAUUGCUACUUUACUCCUAUGAAGCGUGAGAGUCUGGAGGAUUCUCUUCUGGUCACAGUGGAGCCACAGAACCUGGCAAGCCUGCUGAACGAGUCAGAAAGUCCCCAGGAGAAUAGCUGCGGGCAUCCCUCCUUCCUGUCUCAGCAGAGGGAAUCAUCUGAGGCCAGUGAGCUCAUCAUCUACUCCCUGGAGGCAGAAGUGACAGUCAGAGGGAUGGACAGCGAAUACUGUGACAAGGAGGCAGAGGAAGGGCUUGGGGACCAGCAUGGUGACUCCUACCUCAGGGUCUCCUCCAUCAGCUCGAAGGAUCAGAGCCCACCUGAGGAUUCAGAGGACUCAGAGGCUGACUUGGAGUGCAGCUCUGCCACUGCCCAUUCCUCCCCUCCACAGCCUGACCCAGACCCUCGGUUUGCCAUGGAAACACCCCCAACACCAGAAUGCCCAGGUACCACAGAAGAAGAUCUGUCCCAGCCUGAGGGUCUGGGCUUACCCAACAGCUCCCUGCCCCAGACUCCUGAGCAAGAGAAGUUCCUCCGCCACCACUUUGAGACACUAACUGACUCCCACCCUGAAGAGCUCUUCCAUGGGUCCCUAAGAGACCUAAAGGCUUCUGAGGCUGAAGACUACUUCAAUCCCCGACUGAGCAUCUCAGCCCAGUUCCUCUCAAGCCUCCAGAAGACAUCCAGGUUCCCCCACACCUUCCCUCCCCAGCUGCCCCAGCACCUCAUGAAGUCUUUAGAGGUCAAGCCCACAGACAGAGGGGGAAGCCAGCCCAGAACAGAGCCCCUGAGAGCAGUUCCCUGCCUGACAGACCUGGCGCCCCGUGUCCCUUCCUCUUCAGUGCUGCCCACUGACAGGAAGCCUCAAGCACCAGCAUCAGUGUCCACCCUGGGCCUGGCUCAGGGUAUCCGCAUCCCCUCCACCUGUUCCUACAUGGAGGCUACUGCCAGCUCCCGGGCCAAGGUGUCACGCAGCAUCUCCCUUGGGGAUAGCGAGCGCCCCGUCAUGGCUGAGCUGGCCAGGCCCCUCCGAAGGCCAUCAUCCCUGGGGGAGCUGGCCUCCCUGGGCCAGGACCUCCAGGCCAUCACUACCACACCAAUACCCAAAUCAGAUAGUGAGGGUCAAGAGCCCACCGUGCACUCCUGGGGCAACCAUGAUGCCCGUGCCAGCCUGAGACUGACCCUGUCAAGUGUCUGUGACAGGCUGCUCUUGCCCCAACCCCUGCCAGACCCACCCACCACCUGUGUCUGGUCCCAGGAGCCUGUAGACUCUCAGUCUGAUGUCACAGUCGCAACAGCCAGCUUCCCGGACCCUGGCCCUGUGGACGUGAGCACCCUGAGGUUCCACGGCUCUGCCUUUCUCCCAAGGCUCCCAGCCUGUGAGCCCCACGACCCUCCUGCCCACCCUAACAUCCUCCAGCUUUCAGAGGCCAGGUCUGGGGCUCCUAGUAACACCGUCACCCUCCUGGAGCACUCCCCUGAUGUGCUGAGACUGCACUGGGGCAACCCUGGGCACUGGGGUGAGCCAGGGUUGCCAGCUGAGGCCCUGCCCCCUGCUCCCCUUGAGCUGAGCAGUGUAGGGAACAUCUUGCACAGGCUGCAGACUGCCUUUCAGGAAGCGCUUGACCUCUACCAUGUGCUGGUCUCCAGUAAUCAAGUGGACGCCGGGCAACAGCAGGUGCAGACUGAGCUGGCCUCCACCUUCCUCUGGAUCCACAGCCAACUGGAGGCCAACAACUGGCUGGUUGGAACUGACGCGACCCCAGCUCAGGCCCCGCCCAGCCCCAGGCCCCCCUCCCCACCGACCCUGUGCCCCCUGGCCAGCCCCAACUUGCAUGCCCUGCUGGAACACUACUCCGAGCUGCUGGUGCAGGCCGUGCGGAGGAAGGCACGGGGGGACUGAGGGCCAAUAGCCCUCUUCACCACAGCCCAGCUGCUUUGGAGGAAAUAGGUAUUUUAAGUAAAUAAACUGACUGCUUGGAGGAAUAGUUCCUGGUACCUAUCUGGCCCCAUCCACAAGGCUCUCUUCAGGUGGCUUCAGGGGAGGGUAGAGGAUGCUGCUAAAAGGACAGCCUACUGCGGCUUGUGUUUGCUCCAUGCUGGUCCCUGUUCCAAGAUUAUGUCAAUGGGGAACUCAGGACCAGCAUUCCCAAUAAGUUUGGAAACUGCCAUAAUGAUGACCCAGGAGCCAGGCCUCCCACAUUGCCUACUCCCAGCCCACCAAGCUGCAGCAGGGGGUUUGUGUGUGGUCCUUGCUCAGUGGGGCCCACCUGUAUUGGGGGGGGGGGGGCAGAGGCAGCCCUUCUGUGCUCCCUACUGAUGCCUGAGGCCACACUAGACCUGUGGUCACCAUGUGCCUGACUUUACCUGCUAAUCCAUGUUUCCCAUAUCACUGGUUUGUGGCCCCUGGGCCAAACCCACUUGAUCCUACAAGGUCCAGGCUGUUACUGUCCCCAUCUGCCACAGGAGAAGCUGAGGAGAGACAGUAACAGGCUUCCCACUGAACAGUCCUCACAGGCCUGGGCCACCCAGCAGCUGGAACCAUGACUCCUUCCCUAGGAGGAGUCCUACAUUCUGUGACCUCUUCACACUGGUGCCAGCUCCCUCUGGCAAUAGGCAUCUAGAUGCAUGGUGUGUCUACUAAGAAGGCCAUUCUCAUGACCACAAAUGUCUCCAGUGUCCCAAGUCCCUAUAAAAAGGAAGCCAAGAAGGGCAGGACUCUUUGGGAAAGCACAGUCCCUCAGCAUGGCCUGCUGUAGCCUGUGAGUUCUCACUGCUCUGUUCGUGGUCGUGGCCCAGCAGAAGUAGGCUCAGAAUGACUCAGUCUCUUUCCCAGGGUCCCAGAGCUAAGACUCAAACCUUAGUUUGCCUGCUGGCAGAGCUGGACCCUUCAAUAUGAGGACACGGCUCCCUACUUCCAUAACAGCACACAUCGGGGUAAUUCUUGCAGUUCAAAACAUCCUGCCAGCUCCAAGGCGCAUGUCACCGUUCUGCACAUCUCCCCUCAUGGCCUUCUAAAGAGCAAAACAGACAGUGGGAAUUAGAGCUAUCUCUGUAUACAUGUAAUCAUAGGUAGGCUAGGGAGAUUCGUUGUGCUUGCUGAAGGGUCAGGGAAGGACUUUCUGAAGUGACAUUUGAGCUAAGCUUGAUAGAGGACACCUCGGGAACAUGUCCAGGCAGUCAGAACAGUCAGUGCAAAGGUCCUGUGUGGGGACUAAACAGCAUGUGUAAGGAAUAGCAGCAAAGCCAAGGGGGCUGGAAUAGAGUGAGCAAGAGGAGAGAAGUAAUGGGCCCCACCAGGCAGGGCCAUGUUGUUCAUGACAUUUAAGUUCAAGAAACAUUCACAGCACAUUUUUUUUUCUUUUUUGCUAAAUAAAAUCCCAGCUUUUGAUG